AUGCUUGGAGGACUUGGAGGCAGCCCCAGAGAUGCGGUGGCAGCAAGAGGCUUCAAGUCUGGCUCCUGCUGCAGCGCAGUGCUGCAGCAGCAGGAGCAGCAGCAGGAGCAGCAGCACAGCAUCAGCAGCAGCAAAAUUAAUAGAAGCAGCAGCCAGCCCAGCCCUGCAGUGGCUGCAGCAGCAACAGAGGCAGCAGCUGGAAGAGCCGCGCGACCGCCAACCCCGCAGCAGCACCAGCGGGAACAGCAGCAGCAACCUAACCAGCAACAGCAGCAGCAGCAGCAGCAGCAGCUGACAACAACUCUUUGGAAAACCUUGUGCUGA